AAUCCAUGUUCGCAUUGUGUAAGCUGUCUUCGAAAAAAAUCUUUAAAUUUCACCACACGAACAAACCCUAGAACCAGCAAAACCAACCAUUAGAGCCAGUGAUUGCAUGAAUUCUUUGAAACUCUUCUCAAUUUGAGGACGAAAUCCCUCUCACAGGGUUCAUGGAUUCAGAUUUACAGUUGCCUUCCCCGGCAAAUACUGACAGUAAAACUGCAUUCCGUAAGCCUUUAAGUGAUGCAGCUAAUAGGAAGUAUCGUCGGCAUUCUCCAGUUGGUGGAUCAUCGUCUGAUGGGAGUCCUAAACAUGGCCAUAACGGCAGUCCGUCAUCUUUACGUAAAGAUCCUGUGAAAGUCUUGGAGAAUCAACCAAGAAUCAAGGAUGACGUGAGAGAAUUAGACAAGGAUUCUAGUCGAAGCCAUUAUGGCAGAGCUGCUUAUUCACAUAGACACUCUGAUCGGUAUUCCUCCAGGAAUUCUCAUGGUUACUCUAAGCAUGAUGACAAUAUCAGACAUGACAGGCGUGCAGAUGAUGGAGAAAAAGAUAACUACAGGUUAACAUCUCAUACUGGUCGAGAGUCUAGAGGCAGUAAUCGUUCUGAUUAUACAAGACAGGAUAGUGAGUAUGUCCGGUCAAGAGACUCUGGGGACAGAUAUAAUCGUGAUAGGUAUGAUAGUUCAGGAUAUAGAUACAAGGAGAAAGAUCCGUCAGCUGAAAGAGCUUCAUCCGGUAGGAGACAUGGUGGCUCAAAUUCCGAGAAGGAGCGGCAUAGGCGAGAUGGUCGAGAUGAGAAAAGAGAUUACUACAAGAGAUCUGGGGACUACAAGAGUGAUCGUACAUUCCCCUAUGAAGAAUCCCGGGAGCAUGGAAUUGAAAGGGAUCGCUUUAAGGAAGAUCGAAAGGAGACAGGAAGUCAAAAUCUUGUCAAAGAGGCAAGGAAGACACAUGAUGAUGAUGAUCAAGAAGCUAAUAGGGGCAAGAAUGGGUAUGAUAGAGCAUCAGGGGAGAAGGGUGAGAAUAGGUUUACAUUUGCAACUGAAAAUCAAGAAUCUUCUGCAAAAAAGCAAAAGUUAUUUAGUCCGGAUAAGGCGACUGAUUACGAUAAAAAUGCUAUAGCUGCUGCAAUGGAGUCUUCAAGUUCAAAGCAAGCACAUGAGAUUGAUGGUGAAACACAAGGACAGGCUCAGGCAAAUGUCGCAGAGGCAGCUGCUGAUUUAGAUGCUGCAAAGUUUGCUGCGAUGAAAGCUGCUGAAUUAGUUAACAGGAACCUUGUCGGAUCGGGUGUUUUGUCUACUGACCAAAAGAAGAAACUACUCUGGGGUUCGAAGAAGAACACAAAUGCAGAAGAGCAGUCUGCCCAUCGUUGGGAUGCUCCACUGUUUGGAGAUCGUGAAAGACAGGAAAAAUUCAACAAACUCAUGAGUCUGAGGUUGCCUUGGUACCUAUGGCCAAUUGUAGGGUGUGAAGUGCGACUUCAAGCCAGAGAACCAAGAGGGUGGUGGCCUCCUCCAAGCCGAAAAGCAAAAGGAACUGCAGCUGGAUUUGGAGAAGCAAUAUACUGCUGGACUUCGAAGAAGAGAUGGCCGCACUGUUGGUUUAGGCCUUUAAGCUUCUGUAGAUCUGUACUUAUUCCUUCUGUCACAGAUAUUUCAUCACAUUUUGCUGCACUAUUAUGCAAGAGCGAUGCUUCUUGCUAUGUUAUGCUUAUUUCAUAUGAGGACAUGCUUUGUUAUUGGAUAUAUCAGGUUUUGCCAAAGAAAAAAAAGAUGGGUGGUGUUGUGUGUUCUAUGGCUGCCUUGAUCUCAUGGCACUAUCAUCAUUAAUUGAUUAUUGUCUAUGCUUGGC